AAAGAACAAGGAAAGACACAAUGGUCACGAUGAUUCACUAAAGGGGGAAAUUUGCUGCUGUUUUGUUUCCUUACGUAACCGAAAUUUUAUGGAUAACUUUGUUAAGGAAAACGAGUCUUUGCUUAUUACAAAUAUAAACUAAUUUUCAACAAUCAUGAUAAAAGUCGGAGGACAAAGGAACACCUGUGAAUACUGUUGGAUUUUGCUAUGUUUCUUUUUAUUGCAUCGCUUCAAGGAUCAAGUCUUUGCUCAAAUCAGGUAUUCUAUUCAAGAGGAGCAGAAAGAGGGAUAUGCUGUUGGGAAUGUUGCUAAGGAUCUGGGUCUUGAUGUCAGUACUCUGGUGGAUCGACGGUUUCGUAUUGUUUCUGGAUCUAAGGAUGUGCUUUUCCAGGUAAAUCAGAACAGCGGGAUGUUGUACGUUAGUAAGAGAACAGACAGAGAUGAAAUAUGUGAUGGGAACAUUGCUUGCGUUUUGAAUCUAAAAAUAGCAGUAGAAGAUCCACUAGAGAUUCAUUAUGUGGCGAUAGAGGUCACAGAUAUAAAUGAUAAUGCACCUAGAUUUUCUGAGAAAGAGAAAAGGAUUGAAAUAGCAGAAAAUAGGCUUACAGGAGCCCGUUUUCAGCUACAAGCUGCGCAUGAUCCUGAUAUAGGAAUAAAUUCAGUCCGUCUGUAUAAAAUAAGUCAAAACGAGCAUUUUGAAUUACAGGUCAGGGAAAGGGGAGAAGAACAAAUCCCUUAUCUAGUUUUGCAGAAACAUCUGGACCGAGAGAAAAAAGGGGAGCACAACAUCAUUUUAACUGCAAUUGAUGGCGGGAGUCCACCAAAAUCGGGGACUCUUAAUGUGACCAUAGUAGUUCUGGACUCUAAUGAUAACCCACCUAUUUUUAAUCAAGAUGUUUAUUCAGUAACACUCCCAGAAAACAUAGAAACUGGGUUCGUUGUUUUAAAAGUCACCGCAACAGAUUUAGACGAAGGCCUUAAUGGAGAUAUAGUGUAUUCAUUUGGCAGUGAGGUUAAUGCCAGGGUUCGCGAUAUAUUCAGCCUGGACAACAAAACUGGGGAAAUUCGUGUGAAAGGCUCGAUUGAUUUCGAAAAAUCAGAUAUUUAUAAACUGGAUGUUCAAGCAACGGAUAAAGGCAACCCUCCUUUGACGGGUGAAAGUGGCAUAUUAAUUAAAAUAUUGGACGUUAACGACAACACACCUGAAAUAGAAAUAACAUCACUGUCUAAUAUAAUUUCUGAAGAUUCAAAACAUGGAACUGUAAUUUCCUUGAUUAGUGUUACCGAUAAAGAUUCUGGUGAAAAUGGUAAAGUUGUUUGUCGUCUCAAUGAAAAUGUGCCAUUUGAAUUAAAACGGUCUGCGCAUGAUAACAUGUUUUCUUUAGUGACAAAAAGUAACUUAGACAGAGAGCUGGUUUCUGAAUAUGACAUUACGAUUACUGCGACGGAUCUUGGACAGCCUCCUCUGUUCUCUUUCAAGAAUUUAAAAGUGCAAGUGUCAGACGUGAACGACAACCGUCCGCAGUUUUUAAAUAAUCCUUUCGACUUAUACCUUUUCGAAAACAACACCCCUGGGGCAUCAAUAUGUUUAGUCAACGCGUAUGACGAAGACAUACAUGACAAUUCUGUUAUCUCAUAUAACAUUAUGAAAGGUGAUGGGGCACAAAAUGAUAUCACCUCGUUCCUAAACAUUAAUCCUGAAACAGGUGUUGUUUAUGGGCUCAAAAGUUUCGACUUUGAGUCACAGAAAACGUUCCAGUUCCACGUGCUCGCUACAGACUCUGGAACUCCACCACUAAGCAGUAACGUCACAGUGAACGUCUUCAUUCUGGAUCAGAACGACAAUGUUCCAGUGAUAUUGUAUCCGAUUAGCUCUAAUGGAUCUGCUGAAGGUGUUGAGGAGAUUCCCCGCAAUGUGAACGCAGGACAUUUAGUGACCAAAGUGAGAGCCUUUGAUGCAGAUAUUGGAUACAAUGGCUGGUUAUUAUUUUCACUGCAGGAAGUGAGUGACCACAGUCUAUUUGGUUUGGACCGCUAUACUGGACAGAUAAGAACCCUCCGCUCAUUCACAGAAACUGAUGAAGCUCUGCAUAAACUGGUCAUACUGGUCAAAGACAACGGCAACGUGUCACUUUCAGCAACAGCGACUGUAAUCAUUAAGGUUGUAGAGCCCAAAGAAGCUUUUGCAGCUUCUGAUGUAAAAACCACAGCAAAAUAUGAGGAAGACAAUGAUGUUACUUUUUAUUUAUUUAUUUCUUUGGGCUCUGUUUCAGUACUUUUUGUGAUCAGCAUUAUUGUGCUGAUUAUAAUGCAGUGCUCAAAAUCAACAGACUAUUCCUCCAAGUAUUUACAAGAUACAAAUUAUGACGGGACACUGUGUCACAGCAUCCAGUACAGAUCAGGAGAUAAACGCUACAUGUUAGUUGGACCCAGGAUGAGCAUCGGUUCUACAAUAGUUCCGAGCAGUAACGGAAAUACUCUAUUGGUACCAGAUCGCAGAGGGAAGGCGUCCGCUGAGGUAAGAGGCUAUUGCUAUUGA